AUGUUGACGGGUUCACGGACACGUUUACAAUUGUAUCGCUUGUAUAAGUUAUUUCUUGUUCGAUAUGCAGCUCCUUCAAAUGUGCGGUGCAGUUUUUCAUUUCCGAUAGACCAAAUCAAAGUACCGUUGCAAAGAUUGCGAAUCAAUAACGGACGUAUGCCGAAGAAUUCCGUGCUCUCUCGAGGGUUUUGUAACGAUGAGUCGUUAGCGAUCAUUUUCAAUAUUGAAGAUGAGGAAGAUUUCGCAGAAAAGGUCGUGAACUCAUCUGUCCCAGUACUUGUAGAUUUUUAUGCAGAUUGGUGUGGACCAUGUAAAAUGUUGGGACCUCGGAUCGAAGCCAAAGUUGUUGGUCGAGAGGGGAAUGUCAGGCUGGCGAAAGUGAAUGUCGAUUAUGCAGCAGAUGUGGCAAUGGAUUAUGAUGUGAACGCUGUACCCACUGUUGUUGCAAUGAAAUCCGGUCAAGUUGUUGCACGUUUCGAAGGCGUAAAAACUGAUGACGAAUUGGACCGUUUUAUUGACAGCAUUAUCGAUUUAGAGUAA